AAAAAAAAACUGACCAGUCAUAAAGAAUGCUCUCUACCGCGAUGGACGCGGGAACAUUACUUAGUCGCUCGUUACUGCUGACUUUACUCCUAUUCACGGUGACCCAGGAGGCACGAGGAUUCCUGUGUUAUUGUGAGCGAUGUGUAAAUCGAACAUGCAACACAACUGGCCUGUGUUUUGCUGUCAUUACAAAGUCUGCCGGACUGUUUGUGACACAGGAGGGUCAGUGCAUUCAGCAGGAUGCACUUUACCCACCGGACAGGCCUUUCCAGUGCGCCCCCUCCAACAACGGAAAGCAUCCGUACUGCUGCAACACACACAUGUGCAACAGGAACCCAAAAGUCACCCCAGAGUUGCCUGAGACUGAACCCCAGUCUCUGAGUCCCGUAGCUUUGGCCGCAGUGAUUGCUGCCCCCAUCUGUGUGCUGAGCUUCGUGCUGGUGCUGAUCUUCUACAUGUGCCAUAAUCGCUCCAUCAUCCACCAUCGUGUGCCAAGUGAGGAAGACCCCACUAUGAACCACCCGUUCCUUGCUGACGGCACCACGCUGAAGGACCUUAUCUAUGACAUGACCACUUCUGGAUCUGGCUCAGGUUUGCCACUGCUAGUGCAGAGGACUAUUUCCAGGACCAUCAUCCUCCAGGAGAGCAUAGGGAAGGGUCGUUUUGGAGAGGUGUGGAGGGGCCGCUGGCGUGGAGAGGAGGUGGCAGUAAAGAUCUUCUCCUCCAGAGAGGAGCGUUCUUGGUUCCGUGAGGCGGAGAUCUACCAGACUGUCAUGCUUCGUCAUGAGAACAUCCUGGGCUUUAUUGCUGCAGACAACAAAGAUAACGGCACAUGGACUCAGCUGUGGUUGGUUUCUGAUUACCAUGAGCAUGGCUCGCUCUUUGACUACCUGAACAGGUACACGGUCACAGUGGAGGGCAUGAUCAAGCUGUCUCUCUCCACUGCUAGCGGUCUGGCUCAUCUGCAUAUGGAGAUUGUGGGCACUCAGGAAGAGAAGAGGGGCUUUAUUGAUUGCUCCUGUUUCUGGUUUGGACAAGGUAAGCCUGCAAUUGCCCAUCGUGACGUGAAAUCCAAAAACAUCUUAGUGAAGAGGAAUGGUACCUGCUGCAUCGCUGACCUUGGAUUGGCCGUGCGGCACGAUUCAGCCACAGACACCAUUGAUAUUGCACCCAACCACAGAGUGGGCACUAAAAGGUAUAUGGCCCCUGAGGUGCUGGAUGACUCUAUUAACAUGAAGCACUUUGAGUCUUUUAAAAGGGCAGACAUCUAUGCCUUGGGUCUGGUGUUUUGGGAAAUUGCUCGCAGGAGUUCAAUUGGAGGCAUCCAUGAGGACUACCAGCUCCCCUACUAUGACCUUGUACCGUCUGAUCCGUCUAUAGAGGACAUGAAGCGGGUAGUGUGUGACCAAAAGCUUCGUGCCAACAUCCCUAACAGGUGGCAGAGCUGCGAGGCCCUGCGUGUGAUGGCAAAGAUCAUUAGGGAAUGCUGGUACGCCAACGGAGGUGCUCGCCUCACCGCUCUGCGUGUGAAGAAGUAUCUAUCCCAGCUCAGUCAACAAGAGGGCAUCAAGAUCUAGAGCAAACCUCUCUUUAUCUUUACACUGCCUAUCCACUCCCUCCACUCAUCUAGAGAGGACAGCGAGGGACCUACAUCCGGUGUGGAGGUUUACUUCAAUCCGGGAUCUCGAGAGACCAGAAGCGAUUGGUGCUGUUCCAUGUAGACAUCCUCAUCAUGCAAGACCACCUCAAACAAACUUUACCAGCCAUGCUUCAUCUGGUGAGUGACCACACAACUAACCACAGAUGGCCAUUCGGUGUCAAUGAUUUGUUUGCAAAAUGGACUUGAGCCUUUUUGGGCUUAUUUCUGUAUAAAGCCUGAGUCGACUUGCUUGUGUAUAUGUGUAUGUUCAUAUAUUCACAUAUAGAUGUACACAGAAACACAAACUGUUCAUAUUGACGUGCUACAGUGUUUUGUCCCAGUAAGUGUCACCAUAUUUGGUAAAAAGGAUCUUUCUA